UGUCCUCCAAAUGGCUCGGACCAAGCAGACGGCGCGCAAGUCCACGGGCGGGAAGGCGCCCCGCAAGCAGCUGGCCACCAAGGCCGCCCGCAAGAGCGCGCCGGCCACGGGCGGCGUGAAGAAGCCGCACCGCUACCGGCCCGGCACCGUGGCCCUGCGCGAGAUCCGCCGCUACCAGAAGUCCACGGAGCUGCUGAUCCGCAAGCUGCCCUUCCAGCGCCUGGUGCGCGAGAUCGCGCAGGACUUCAAGACCGACCUGCGCUUCCAGAGCUCGGCCGUCAUGGCGCUGCAGGAGGCGUGCGAGGCCUACCUGGUGGGGCUGUUCGAGGACACCAACCUGUGCGCCAUCCACGCCAAGCGCGUCACCAUCAUGCCCAAGGACAUCCAGCUGGCGCGCCGCAUCCGCGGGGAGCGGGCGCUCUCCUUGCGGCUGCGCUUGCGCUUCUUGCCGUCCUUCUUCUGCGCCUUGGUCACCGCCUUCUUGGAGCCCUUCUUCGGGGCGGGCGCGGACUUGGCGGGCUCGGGCAUGGUGCUCAGGUCUCAGACAGAAAACCAGCAGAAUGAGUGCCGCUCUCAGGAGGCGUUUGAGGUUAUAAAUAGGAGCGAGAACAGCAGAGACUUCAGUUGCGAACUGUGUUGGCGAUCUGUCCUGAUGGCUCGCACCAAGCAGACGGCGCGCAAGUCCACGGGCGGGAAGGCGCCCCGCAAGCAGCUGGCCACCAAGGCCGCCCGCAAGAGCGCGCCGGCCACGGGCGGCGUGAAGAAGCCGCACCGCUACCGGCCCGGCACCGUGGCCCUGCGCGAGAUCCGCCGCUACCAGAAGUCCACGGAGCUGCUGAUCCGCAAGCUGCCCUUCCAGCGCCUGGUGCGCGAGAUCGCGCAGGACUUCAAGACCGACCUGCGCUUCCAGAGCUCGGCCGUCAUGGCGCUGCAGGAGGCGUGCGAGGCCUACCUGGUGGGGCUGUUCGAGGACACCAACCUGUGCGCCAUCCACGCCAAGCGCGUCACCAUCAUGCCCAAGGACAUCCAGCUGGCGCGCCGCAUCCGCGGGGAGCGGGCGUGAGCUCCGUCCUGCCCACUUGCACCGGAACCCAAAGGCUCUUUUCAGAGCCGCCUAGAGUUUCAAUGGAAGAGCUGUAAGCAAACCCGGAAUCUGUUCCCCAAACAGAACUACCCCCAGGUGGGAUGGGCGCUCCUUGUCCCAGAGGCCGCUUGCCUGUAGCCAGUCCUUCCUAUAUAGCAGCAGCCCUAGCCUAAUGCGUGGCUGUGUUCUUGGUGGAAUAGCUGGCUUCCCCCCAAGUGAGGCCCGAAGUGGUCGCUAAAGCCCCAACCAGGCAUUCAGCUUUGCAGCCUGCACCCUCCUUUUGAAAUACAAUGCCACUAGGCCUGAAACCAUGGUCCUUGCGUAACC